GUGGUGCCGGUUCCCGAAAAACUAAAUGUGUUCGAGGAGCAUAUUGGUGCGAAUAGUAGGCGACUUUGGGUUCUCAGUGCCUGUGUAGAUGCCAUAUUCGACAAUCGCUUAUCCGAAGCGAGAAAGAUGAUGUGCGCUGUGGAGCUUUCACUACGCGUGGUAGCUGCUAGAGUAGCUCUUUGUCGCCAGCUCGCAAGUGCGGCUGUACCAGUUACAAAAGCAAUGCUGCAACCUGCCCAGUUUGAACUGGUUGUUCGGCUUCUGAAUUGUGCUCUCGAGGUUCUCCAUUAUCGCUUUAUUCCCUUUGGCCUUACUCUCCUCCUUGAAACUAGUAGACUUUGUUGGUAA